CGCAGGUACGGACAAUGUUUCGCCACGAGUACGGUCCGAUGCUUCCUUAUUCGCCCGGAGCAUGGCUGAUCGCCUUUGAUCGCGUCUGCAUGACAGCCGAAGUCGUGUCCGGUAAUGAGCGUAACGGAGCCUGUCGAGCUGUUCCGCAACUGCUUCCAUAGCUGUGUGAACGAAGAAAUAAAUGCGAAGUACGACUUAUCUCAAGCGCGGAACUACAUUCGCAUCUUCCUGUUGGUUCGUCCCCUUCGUGUUCCUCCCGCAUCAGUUGCGGUGUACGAUCUCGUAGCUGGCGUAGCUGUCGGACGAGCGCAAGUUGAGUACCUCCAGUUCUUGAACUCACAGUCAGACUUCAGAUGUAUAUAAAGACUGAUCACCUCGAUGGACAAGACCGCGCAUCUCAAGUCUAGUACUACAAUCGCUCAUCACACGUUCAACGCAAUCUAACAUCCCACUGAUCACCACUAUGCGCGCUCAUAUUUUCGCCUCCGUCCUUCUGGCCGCUUUGGCAUCGGUCACGGCCUCCUCUCAUAAGAACGGACCUUGUACAGGCAAGGACGGUGUCCAAGGCGUUUGCAUUUCCACGAAGUCAUGCACUAGCGGUGGUGGCUCGUACAUUAGCAACGCUUGCCCAGGCCUUCCAGACGACGUCCGAUGCUGCACCAAACCUUCAUGUCAGAAAGCCGCCCAAAAGGGCGAUUGCCGUUUUGUGGACAAAUGUGGUAGCGGAAAGACUACGAUCACUGGUCUCUGCCCCGGGCCCGACUCUUUCAAGUGUUGUGUUCCUGAGGGUGGUACUACACCGAAGCCUCCUACUACACCGAACCCGACACUUAAUCUGGGUCAAAAGAUCCUGAAGAAAGCGCAGGAGCAGAAGGGUGUUCCUUAUCACUGGGCCGGCGGCAAUUGCAAGGGUAAGACUGGAGGCGGAUUCGACUGCUCUGGACUCGUUUCAUGGGCCAUUUGCCAAGUAACUGGUCGUGACCUCUUCAAGGAAGGUCUUCGAGUCACACGCUCGAUGUACUGCGCGAGUGAGAAGAAGCUGAAGUACAAGAAAGUUCCCUUCUCUAAACGCCGUGCGGGCGAUGCCGUCUUCUUCGGUGGCAAGUGUGAUUGCACCAACAACCCUGGCGGUAUCCACCAUGUGGGUCUCAUGAUGGACGAUGGCUACAACAUGUUCAAUGCCUUGAAAACUGGUACGAAGAUCAGAAAGGAUAACUUUAAGAACUGGAGUGAGAAGGCUUGCCCUUACGUCAUUCGGUUCUAGUGAGCAAUUAUUCCUCCU